CUAAUAAUGAUGAGAACUAAGUAUAAAACUAUCUAUGCUAAACAUCUAUGGAUAAACAUGAUAAAUCAAAAAAUGACAUUGACAGUUACAGUCAGUGUUACCAAAAUAAUUGUUUUUGGAAGAAUUUGUUUUAGUAUAUUUUUAACCAUGUUUUAACCACUUAAAAAAUGAGUUACGGGAUAAUUCUUGAAACGGAACAUUUAGAUUUCUUUAAGAGUUCUAUUUUAGUUUAAAUUAAUUAGUUUUGAUUCUAUUUCUUGCAAUUUUUAAUUUAGGGUAAUUUGGUGAUGCAUUGGUUACACUGAAAUGACCCUGACCAACAAUGAAGUCCGAACUUAUGCUUUUCGUUUGCGAUUGAUUUGUGUAUUUAUUUAUUUAUUUACUUGAUAAGUACAAAACUAUGAAUUAAACUUAUAUGGCACGUUUAAAUCCAAAUUAUUCAAAUAUGAAUGUAUACAAUACUAUGCCAGGUGUAGCAGAAAUGGGAAUGGUUUGGAUGGGGGCUGGGCAGUCCUCCGGAGAUAUGCCCAUAGGAGGACUUAUGCCUGGAGAUAGUAGUGAUAUGAUGUUAGAACAUGAAAAUAUGUAUUAUACACCAUCACACCACAGUCUGUCCAAUCAAUCCAUAGAAGAUAUGCAUGCUGUACAUAGUUCUCACAUGGAUACUAUGGAAAAUUAUGACAUGAUGCACUACCUUGAUAUGAAGAAUGAAAGUAACGAUUCCAGUUAUAUGGAUGAAGAUAGUUCCAAUCCUGUAUAUAUGAUUACAACUUCUACUCAAACACUGCCUUGUCCAACUAGAAAAAUUAAGCCUAUUAAGCAUCCUGGAUUAGUUUUAAAGACACCAAUCGCUUAUCACAGCAAUACAGACCCUUCUGUUAUACCUAUACAAAAAGAUGGCAUUGCUGUAUGCGAAAAAUGUGGAGCGAUAGGUGUAAAACAUGCCUUCUACACGAGAGAGCGUCGUUUUUGCAGCAUGGCUUGCGCCAGAGGCUACAGUGGCCUUAUCCCUGAACCAUUACCCCAACAAAAUCAAAAUACUCCCGAUAAUAAACAGCAAUAUGCCAAAUAUAGGUUCACGAUGAAAAUGGUGGAUGAUUUCACCGAUACUUAUUUAGAUCACCCAUUACCGCAAUUAUCUCCAUUACCAGAACUACCUCCCAUUGAUGAAUCUCUUCCUCUGAUAAGGAGGAAACCUGCCGAAUUGGCAAAUUCGUUUGAUUGGGAUUCACAAUUUGCGGAUCCUUACUUUAUAGCAGCGCCAGUGACCUGUUUCAAGCAUGCGCCUAUGGCCGAUAUUUGGGACAACGUUAUGGUAGGAAUGAAAGUUGAAGUAGAGAAUACAGACUGCGAAAAUGUAUCUGAGGCAUUUGCCGACUCAUUUUGGGUUGCUACUGUCAUGAGGAUUGUAGGGUAUAAGGCUCAACUGAGAUACGAAGGAUUUGGUUCGAAUGAUGCCAAAGACUUCUGGGUGUCCCUGUGCUCGAAUCAGGUACAUCCAGUGGGAUGGUGUGCUACCAGGGGCAAGCCUCUAAUCCCGCCAAAGACAAUCGAGGACAAAUACAGUGAUUGGAAAGAUUUCUUGCGAAAACGCUUGACUGGUGCCAGGACAUUGCCUUCGAAUUUUAGCAAUAAAGCUUCAGAAAGUCUCAAAUCCAGGUUUGAAUGUGGCCUUAAUCUCGAAGUCGUUGACAAAAAUCGUAUUUCGCAAGUUAAGGUUGCAAUAGUACAUAAAAUCGUUGGGAAGAGAUUAAACGUUAAAUAUUAUGAUCUGCCGCCUGAUGAUGGAGGAUUUUGGUGUCACGAAGAUUCGCCUUUAUUACAUCCUGUGGGCUGGGCUAAAAAGGUGAAUCAUCACCUAGUGGCUCCUAUCAACUAUCUGGAACGAGUGAAUCAGGGAAUUUUCGACGACGAUGACGCCACCGAAGAUCUGUUCAAUCCGUACCAGGUGGGAUUCAUGGAGAACGCCGCGUCAGGUUUCUGCGUGGGGAUGAAAUUAGAAGCCAUCGAUCCGUUGAAUCUUUCUUCAAUAUGCGUCGCUACUGUCAUGGACGUCCUUCAUUACGGUUACAUCAUGAUUCGUAUUGAUACCUACGAUUCCGACGCCACGGGGGCCGAUUGGUUUUGUUAUCACGUGAAAUCGCCAUGUAUAUUUCCGGUGGGGUUCUGUGAGAGGAACAAUAUUCCUUUAACGCCACCCAAAGGUUACGAUCCCAUAACUUUCAACUGGCGUACUUACCUCAUGCAAACCAACAACAGGCCUGCGGAUCCCUCUCUUUUCAACACGUUCGUUCCUCUGCACGGUUUCCAACAAGGAAUGAAGAUAGAAGCAGCUGACCUCAUGGACCCUCGUUUGGUCUGUAUCGCCACGGUGGCCAAAGUUGCCGGUAGAUUACUUAAGGUGCAUUUUGACGGCUGGGAAGAAGAAUAUGACCAAUGGUUGGACUGUGAAAGCCCUGAUAUUUACCCUGUAGGAUGGUGUCAGAGUGUUGGCCACAAGUUGGAAGGACCUCCAGCGUUUGCAAAAAUACUGGCGCCAGUCAUGAAGUCCCCAAAAGUAAAGAAAAAAAAUAGGAAAAAGAAAUGUAAAGACAGUCCACCAAAACCGUGCCCUCAAGCAACUUCCACCGUAAAUGAAAAGCAAAAACUCGAUAUAAAAUCAGAAGAAUUCAUAGAACAACCAGAACAAACAGAAAUUCCAGAUGUUCCGCAACCGUCGGAAUGUUCGGAACCCCCAGAACCGCCGGAACCCGUAGAGCCUCCGGAACCCGUAAUAAAUGAACCAGUCGAAUCUUCGGAACCCAUGACGACGACGGUUUUGGAGGAAGAGGAGGAGGAUUCUACUCCUCUUUCUCAAAGCGAAGAGAUAGGGAAAAAUAACGAAGAAAACGAAAUUAAUGAAAUCAAUGAUGAUAACCAAGGGCCGGAAGCAGGACAAGAACCCGCGGGACCCGAUCAGAGCUUACCAGUUUCGUCGGAAGUCCAAGAACCUCCAGUCGAGAGGAAGGUUACCUCUUAUGUUAAUUCAACUUCAAGUAGUCCAAAUAAAGUGAUACCACGCCUAGUCGAUGCCUCAGGGAGUACUUCUGAACAAGGUGAUCUUUGUCCCGAAGAAUGGAAUAUAUUUGAUGUCGCUCAAUUUCUUAGGGUCAAUGAUUGUGUUAAUUAUUGUGAUGCUUUCAGUAAACAGAAAAUAGACGGUAAGAUGCUGCUAGCUUUGAGCAAAGAGGACAUCUUAGAAUUUACGGGGGGCAAAGUGGGCCCAUCGCUAAAGAUCUACGACCUUGUUCAGCAGCUAAAAAUCAAGGUGAACCCCUCUCAAGUUCGCCAUAUGAAAGCAAAUAUCAAAAAAUUCUUAUAGUGCCUAUCGAUUCUUAUUGAAUUUAGAAUUUUUAUUGUGAAUUUACUUUAAAUGACUGUAUAUAUUUCUAGACUAAGCCUAUAUAAUUUACAUUUUAUUCAGUAUUUAUCUUUUGGCAUUUAUGUGUGUGACUUUAGUUGCUCAUUAUUUACUACGGAUAUUGGAUAUUAUGAUUUUUGAAAAGAAUAAUAGAAGAGC